CCCUCUAUAUGGUCACUCUAAACUUAUUGCUUGUCAUCAUUUUGCAUUUCGAGAAGACAAACUUUUGGUUUUUGAAUAAUAACUCCACAAGUUAAAAACAAAUAAUUGCGAAAUGGAAACACUACUUGGUAUCAAGGGACCAGAUUUUAUAAUGCUGGCGGCCGACUCAACUCACGCCCGUUCAAUUAUUGUAAUGAAAGAGGAUGAGAACAAAAUCCACAAGGUCUCGGAUAACCUGUUAAUAUCCACAACAGGCGAGUCUGGCGAUACGGACCAAUUUACCGAGUUUAUUUCCAAGAAUAUUUCUCUAUAUAAAAUGCGAAAUGGCUACGAUUUGAGUCCCCGUGCGGCAGCCCAUUUUACGCGUAAAAAUCUAGCUGAAUAUUUGCGUAGCCGUACGCCGUAUCAAGUGUUUAUGUUUGUAGGCGGCUAUGAUCCCCAAGAAGGUCCCGAGCUCACAUUCAUCGACUACUUGGCCACUGCAAAAUCGGUGAAUUAUGCCGGUCAUGGUUAUGGUUCCAUUUUCUGUUCGAGCAUCUAUGAUCGCUACUGGCAUCCCAAUAUUACCCAGGAAGAGGCCUAUGACGUAUUCAAGAAGUGUGUGCUGGAGAUUCAAAAACGAUUGGUUGUCAAUCUGAAAAACUUCACAGUCGCGGUGGUGGAUAAGGAUGGCGUCAGAAAUUUGGAACCCAUCAGUGCCAAGAGUUUGUCCGAUUACAAAGCCGCUGGAUUUUAAGUUUUAAGCAUUUCGAAAAUGUUAACACAAAUACAAUUAAAAAAUAAAAACCUGGAUAUCUUUGGUAUAA